CUGUGUUUUCAGACCGCUCUUCCAAAAACCUUGCUUCAUUACGACGUUAUCCCCUAUACCGUGAAUUCAAGUUCAUCACAACUAUGAGUCUUGCAGAUCAAAGCGCUUUGCUUCUUUCCAGACAAUUAAAAGAUCUGCAACGAAAUCCAGUAGAAGGGUUUUCCGCUGGUCUUGUAGACGAUAAUAUUUACGAGUGGGAGAUCCUUAUCAUCGGUGCUUCAGACACUCUCUACGAGGGCGGAUUUUUCAAAGCUCGGCUUUCAUUUCCUGUGUCGUAUCCAGUGAUGCCUCCUACCAUGCGAUUUAUUACAGAAAUGUACCAUCCAAAUGUGUAUCCUGAUGGCACCGUCUGCAUUUCCAUAUUACAUCCUCCGGGCGAUGAUAAAUAUGGCUAUGAGCAUGCUAGCGAACGAUGGUCACCAGUGCAUACGGUCGAGACUAUUCUUAUUUCCGUGAUUUCCAUGUUGUCAAGUCCUAAUGACGAAUCACCGGCUAAUAUCGAAGCAGCUAAGGACUAUAGAGAAAAUUAUCCCUACUUUAAAAAAAGAGUGCGGCGAUUGGUUAGAGAAUCUGCCGAAAAUCUGUAAAUAAGAUCGCUCAUUCUUCCAUCUGUAUACAUAAAUCUGUCUGGGGGGUUUUUUUUUUUGAAGUA